AUGACAGCCUUGCCCGGUCUACUGUCGUCAUCAGUGGGCAACGCGGUGUCCACGUUCCUCAAAUUGGGUGUUAGCAUGCCUAACCUCACCCUCUUGGACCCGUACCCCGACCUUCUAAACUCGACCAACUUAACAUCCCUGGCCACCGAAACCCUCGACGUCACACUGAACUCCGGUAUCUCAACCGCCGUCUCCCUCCCAGAGGCCAUUGUCACCGUCGUGGUACUGUCGGCCAUCGUUGCCGGAACCGUGUUCGGCAAUGUGCUCGUGGUGCUCGCGAUCUUUACCUACAGACCGCUCAGAAGCGUUCAGAACAUGUUUAUCGUGUCACUCGCCGUGGCCGACAUUGCUGUGGCGCUCCUUGUAAUGCCGCUCAACGUUGCCUACUCGAUACUGGGUCGCUGGGUCUUCGGUCUGCACACUUGCAAGCUCUGGCUCACCUGCGAUGUCUUGUGCUGCACGGCGUCCAUCCUCAACCUCUGCGCCAUUGCGUUGGACCGCUACUGGGCCAUCCACGAUCCCAUCAACUACGCCCAGAAGAGAACUCUUCGUCGAGUCCUACUCAGCAUUGUCCUGGUGUGGGCCAUCAGCGCUCUCAUCUCAGUGCCACCUCUCAUUGGCUGGAAUGACUGGCCCGAAGAGUUUGACGAGACUUCUCCGUGCCAGCUCACGGAGGAACGCGGCUACGUGCUCUACUCUGCCACUGGCUCCUUCUUCGCCCCAAUGUUCAUCAUGACCAUCGUAUACUUCAAGAUAUUCCUGGCGACCAGACGGAGGCUAAGAAAACGAGCCAUGGCUGUUGCUGCCACCCUCCAGGUCAAGGCGACCGUGCAGAUACCGCAGCCUGCCAUCCACGAAAACUCCUCAGCUGACUCCCCUCAAACGGAGCAGAGCCCCAUAGAUCCGGACAUGGAUAGUGUGACGGCCGUAAAAGUGGAAGAACCUUUGGAGCCCAAGCCUCAGCUGAAUGGUGGGAGGUCCGUGCCCAACGUCAAGCAAUACAUGGAGGAACGUCAGCGCAUCUCGCUCUCCAAGGAACGACGAGCCGCCAGGGUCUUGGGCAUUGUGAUGGGUGUCUUCGUGCUGUGCUGGCUCCCGUUCUUCCUCAUGUACGUGAUUCUGCCGUUUUGUGCGAACUGCUACAUCUCGACCAAAACGGUCAACUUCAUCACCUGGCUGGGCUACGUCAAUUCGGCCCUCAAUCCAGUCAUCUACACCGUGUUUAAUAAUGAUUUCCGCAAGGCGUUUCUUCGAAUCCUCUGUAAGCGGAGGAGGUAAGCGGGAGGUUUGAGGCUGGCGACGACGUUUGAUGUACUGCUUUGACCCAGUUUCUUGAUUAGUGAACCUUUAUGGUCUCGUGACUGUGCCGAGAGCAAUGAACAAUCUACUUGAACAGGUCGCAUAUUAGCUUCCUAAACCCCUGAGAUUUCUCUAGACGAGUCAUUUCUAUAAACUCUUUUUUUGUGAAAUAUAAUUUUGCUUGGAUGUGCCUGUAUGUAUGAGAUCGUUUCUGUAAUAAGAAGACGUAUUGUUUUUUGUGUGUGACUGAUAACGUACGCAGCGUACAUUGAUCUCCAUAGCUAUCGCAUGUACAUAUAUUUAUCGAUGUUGCGAUGCCUGGAGAAGAAAAGUGUUUGUUUUGAUCGUCGUCUUGUUAGAAUG